AUGGUACUUUCGAAUCGUCACCUCGUGUUCGUUCCUUCCCUGCUUCUAGGCGUCGUCGAGCAUAGCGCCAAUGUCGACAUCGUCGGCGCUGGUCGCGUCCCCUUUGCGCCUGCGCCAGCCGAAGAUGAUGCCGAGCUGCCCAUGGACUUGUCGCAACUGCCUGCGAUCCCCGCCGCCAAGUCGCUCGUGCUGAUCAACAACUUUGUGGCCAACACGACGCGCUUUUUGAACCACUUUGCGCACGAAUGUGAAGAGCGUAUCACCCGCGUAUCCGAUAAUGUCACUCGCGUCGAGAUUUUGUUAGCAAUUCUGGAAGCCAAGUUAAAUAGCAUUCCAGAUCUGAGCGUAACCGAUGCAGAAGUGGCAGCAGCAGCAACUUCCGACGACGUUCGAAAGUUGAACUCGAACCAGAUGGAUUUGGGUAUCUCAGAUCAAGACUUGCCGUCGAUGGAUACAGCAGCAGCCAAUGAGAUGCCUUUGCCGCCUCCCCCACCCCCAGCUGAGCAUGUUGAAGUGGUAGUGGACGGGAUGCCACCGCCGCCACCUCCUCCUCCGCCUCCUUUGUCCAUGGACGGACUCGAAAUGGCUCUUACGGUGCCUCGUCCUCCUUCACCUGGUGCGUUGUCUUUGACGGAUUCCAUGCCGCCGUCUCAUGGUGACUUUCAUGCUCCUCCUCCUGACGAGGUCAGCGUGCAGAGUGAUGGUCCUUCGAUGUUGAAGUUAAAAGACGACCCCGUGUAUGCCAAAUACUUUACCAUGCGACGACUGGGGAUUCCUGAUUCAGUGAUUGAGCACAAGUUAAUGAUGGACGGAAUGAGUACCAACAUCCUGACGAUGGACCCAGAGGGACCGUCACCAAGUGGCGGAUUCGCACCGACGCUAAACUUGGAACCGUCAGGACCAAUUCUGCCGAUAAUGGCCCCACCACCACCGACAGAAGUGGAAGGUGCAAGUAGCAGCGACUUUGAAGACGACGAUGACGUGAUGGACUCGGUGCGGACUUUGCCACCUCCUCCGCCGUCGCUAGUGGAACCGCGGCAUACGGACCAAUUACCGUCGGGGAAUAUCGGAAUGCCGUUUCCGCCUCCUUUGCCACUGGUUUCGCCUACGAUGUCUACAACUGAACCGCUGUCGCUGUUUGGUGACGGUUUGCCAGCUGCGUUACCACCACCUCCACUACCUUCAGCUGGCUAUCCAGCUCCACCUGAAAGUGAGAUCGAGGGCUCUAGUGACGAUGAUAUUGAAGAGUUUAAUGUCGAUGACCGAGCACCUGUUCCUGGAGACGUAGGCGUGAUGAAAGUCAAGGAUGAUCCUGCAUUUGAAAAGUACUUCAAGAUGCGAAAGCUAGGAAUGCCCGACAGCGUGAUCCAGCACAAACUCAUGAUGGAUGGCGUAACUGCUGACAUUCUCAACAUGGAUCCGGAAGGACCGUCUCCGAACGCAACGGGUGCAGUUCCAGCUGCUCCAAUGGCGACAGGAAUAGACCUUGCUCAACUUCCGCUUCCUCCGAUACUGCCUCCACUUCUGCCGCCUGGAGGAUUGCCACUGCCUCCUCUACCACCCGGAGGAUUACCACCACCUCCUGUGGAUAGAUAUGACGAUUCUGACUCAGAUUUUGACUCUGAUUGA